UUUAAGUGCGGAGCGCCGGACACCCUGCAGCCUGCGAGCCGAGCCGAGCCGAGCCGGGUCGGAUUGAAGUGAACCGAGACCAGCUGAACUGACUCCAGCCGAAUCAAGUCCAGUCGAACUGUUCCCAGGCGGGUCCGAAACCGCAGCGCAUCCCGCCGGGUCCGAGCCGAGCCGAGCCGAGCCGAGCCGAGCCAUGCAACUGGCCCUGCUGGCCCGGCUGCUCUCCGUCGGGCGGGCGGUGCUGGCGGCGCUGCGAGGGCGCCUGGGCGCGCUGUGCUGGAGCCUGGCUCCCUUGUCCCUGUCCCUGUCCCUGCUCGGCUGGCGGGACUCGCCCCCCCGGCCGCAGCGGGAGCAGGAAGGGGACGAGGCGCCCCCGACGCCCACCAGCGUCAAUUAUCACUUCACCCGGCAGUGCAACUACAAGUGCGGCUUCUGCUUCCACACGGCCAAGACCUCCUUCGUGCUGCCCCUGGAGGAGGCCAAGCGGGGGCUGGCGAUGCUCAAGGAAGGAGGAAUGGAGAAAAUAAAUUUCUCGGGAGGAGAACCGUUUCUCCAGGACAAAGGCGAAUUUGUAGGCAAACUGGUCCAGUUUUGCAAGCAGGAGUUGGAGCUCCCAAGUGUCAGCAUUGUUAGCAAUGGCAGCCUGAUCAGAAAGCAGUGGUUCAAGAAGUACGGUGAAUAUUUAGAUAUUCUGGCAAUUUCAUGUGAUAGUUUUGAUGAGGAUGUCAAUGUUUUAAUUGGCCGUCAUCAAGGAAAGAAGAACCAUGUGGAAAAUCUGCAUAAACUGCGGCAGUGGUGCCGAGAGUAUGCUGUUGCUUUUAAAAUAAAUUCAGUCAUCAACAGAUUUAAUGUUGAGGAAGAUAUGAAUGAGCAGAUCAAGGCACUCAACCCUGUGCGCUGGAAGGUAUUCCAGUGCCUGCUUAUCGAAGGGGAGAACAGUGGUGAGGAUGCUCUAAGAGAAGCAGAAAAAUUUGUUAUCAGUGAUGAAGACUUCGAUAGAUUCCUGGAUCGCCACAAAGAUGUCUCCUGCUUGGUACCUGAAUCUAAUCAGAAGAUGAGGGAUUCAUACCUCAUUCUGGAUGAAUAUAUGCGUUUUCUAAACUGUAGAAAUGGACGGAAAGAACCUUCCAAGUCUAUCCUGGAUGUUGGUGUAGAAGCAGCUAUAAAAUUCAGUGGAUUUGAUGAGAAGAUGUUCCUAAAAAGAGGAGGAAAGUAUGUGUGGAGUAAAGCCGAUAUGAAACUGGACUGGUGACUCAAUAUACCGUGUUAGGGCAGUGCAUUCUGUAAAAAUAGGUGUAUCUUUAUAGGUGAGUGUAUACUUGUAUCUAAUGCUUUUAACUACACUUGGUAUUUUACACAGAGUGAUGCUCAGUAUAACUCUACAUGUGAAUAUGUUACAUGCUUUCUAAAUGCAGAUUACAUUGUCUAUUACUUUCUUGAGCACGACCAAACACUCUCAGAGCUUUCACAUGAACAGUUCUCUGAAAUAAACUUUCUAGUCCAUUGCACCAAGGAAUAAAAGGCAAACUAUUUUUAUGAAAUACUACAUGAGUGUGCAUGCCAGAUAACAAGAAAAAUAACACCCCAAACUCGAAUUCAUUCUAAACAGCUGUAAUGAUGGAGAAGUCAAAAUUCUUAUCAGGGAACAUAUUCUGCCUGUUUCUCAGGGCAGGAUGGAUUGCAGUUCCCGGGUAAAUCACUGGAGGGCCAGCUGGCAGGCCUCUGGAAGCACCUUCUGCUUUUUUCAGGGGUAAUAGAGGGUCAGAAUCCAGGAAUCUUUAAAUAAUAAUGUAUCUAAAAGGAAAUCAAGGUGAAAAAACUGGCAGUUUUUAUUCUUUAACACUUAAUUGUUACAGCAUCUUCUCCCUCUCCUCUCUAUACCCACAUGAUAUUUGCAAAAAUGUUGGGGCAUGUAAUUUUCUGUGAAAACAUAUUUUUAGUCAUGAAAAAGUAUUAUAUUCAUCCAUCCUAAAACAUAGAGGUACAUUUUACCUAAUGAUAAACAACAUCAUAUUUCACAUUGAAAAUGCCCUUCAAAUAUUUGUUCUAACAAAUAUUUACAGGGCAACAUUAGUGUCUCAAUUUUCCUUUUAUUUGUAAAUAUUGAAUUAUUAUUUUGAACUAUUUUUGAACUGUGGGCACAUAGU